GCGCCCCGCCCAUAUGUUUUCGGGGGCGGGGCGGAAAGGUCGGUGGGUGUGGUUUCUCCCUGUGUGUGAAACGUAGACAGUUUCGCCCUCACGGAAGAGAGCGGAGCCGAAUCACCGCCACGGAAUGAGUCAAGGACGGACCGGGACGUCACGUCAACAUUUAGAGCCGCCACAAAAACCCAAACAAUAGCAACAAACAUAAUAAUAUUUAUAAUAAUAAUCGUCAGGGGAGAAAAAAAAAGACGCGCACCAGGAAGAAGGAAGUGGAAACAUUAAACGCAGCAAGUCGCCGGGGCGUCGGAUAGAAAUGGGACCGUUGUGUCGGUGCUCCUGAUCCCAGCAGGGCAGCAGAGGAACCGGACUGAGCCACGGACCCGAACCGAACCACGGACCCGGACCGAGCAGCGGACCCGGACCCGACGCACGGAGCUCGGUCAUGGACCACGUCGGCAACGGAGCGGCCGCAGAGGAGGAGGACUGUUUUGAAGAUGCCUUCGACCGAAUACCUGCGGCUUGUCAGAUGGACCUGCAGACCGCCAUCCAGGAGACUCAGUGCGCUCUAAACCUGGUGCUCAACAACAAGUUCUCCGAAGCUCUGGACCUCCUGAAACCAUGGUGGAAGGACAGCAUGUACCACGCUCUGGGCUACAGCAGCAUCCUGGUAAUGCAGGCAGCCAUGACCUUCGAGCACAGAGACAUCCAGGCCGCCAUGGCGACCAUCAAGGAGGCGUUACACACCUGUCAGAGGUUCAGGAAGAGGAAUUCGAUGGUUGGGUCUCUGUCCAGUCUCAUCAGUAAACAGUCCAACCUGCAGGAAGAGGAGAUGCACGCGGAGAUCUGCUACGCUGAGUGUCUGUUGCAGAAAGCUACGCUAACGUUUGUACAGGAUGAGAACAUGAUCAGUUUUAUAAAAGGAGGAAUCAAGAUCCGAACAAGUUACCAGAUUUACAAGGAUUGUCAGAACGUUCUGAAUGUCACUCAGGAGCAGGCCAGCCAAUCAGAUUCCUUCAGACAGUUUGAGGGCGGAGUCAAGCUGGGCAUUGGAUCCUUCAACCUGAUGUUGUCUCUCCUUCCUCAGAGGAUUUUGAGGUUGCUGGAGUUUAUUGGAUUCUCAGGAAACAGGGGUUUUGGUUUGUCUCAGCUGAGAGAAGGAGCUUCCAGCCACAGUCUACGCUCCAUCCUCUGUGCUCUGACUCUACUCUUCUACCACACUUAUGUUUCAUUGAUACUGGGAACUGGGGAGGGGAACCUGGUGGAGGCUGAAGCUCUGCUGGAGCCGUACCAACACAAAUACCCUAAAGGCUCCAUUAUUCUCUUCUACACUGCUCGCAUCGCCACACUGAGAGGACACUUUGAGAAGGCCCGGGCCAGGUACGAGGAGUGUAUCAGCAGUCAGCAGGAGUGGAAGCAGAUCCACCACCUGUGUUACUGGGAGCUGAUGUGGACUCACUCCUACCAGCAGGAGUGGCAGCAGGCCUACCACUACGCCGACCUUCUUUGCAAGGAGAGCCGCUGGUCCAAGGCUAUCUAUGUUUACCAAAAGGCGGCCAUAUUGAGCAUGAUGUCAGAAGAAGAGGUGAAGAAGACCGGGGAGGACAUUGCAGACCUCUUUAAGCAGGUGGAGGGGUUGAAACAGCGUCUGGCAGGGAAGUCGAUCCCCACUGAGAAGUUCGCAGUGAGGAAGUCCAGACGCUACAAAGCUGCCCACCCCAUCCCGCUGGUCAUCCCUGCUCUGGAGAUGAUGUACGUCUGGAACGGUUUCACCAUCGUCGGGAAGCGAGCGGACUCCACCGAGGCCCUGCUGGUUACCAUAGAGACAGCCGAAGAGCAGCUUCGCAACGACCCUAAUCCGUCCGAGUUCCAUCCAGAUGACAGCUGUCUGGUCCAGAUGUUGAAGGGCCUCUGUCUGAAAAACCUGGGCAGGUUACUGCAAGCAGAGCUCUGCUUCACACAGGUCCUCUCCAGUGAGAGUCGCAUCAGAUACGAUCACUACUUGAUUCCCUUCACUCUCUAUGAGCUGGGUUUGUUGUAUAAACAACAGGGAGACUUCAACAAGGCCACUGCGUACAUCGAGAAUGCCAAGACGAACUACAAGGACUACUCCAUGGAGUCCAGAUUACACUUCAGGAUCCACGCCGCCCUCAACAGCCUCAAAGGGUCCCCCGUUGGCACCCCGUAAAACCGAGACCAGCCCAGACUGUUCAGCUGGAGUGAAUGAGGAAGUUAUCUUGUUAUUUUUUAUUUAGUUAUGUAGUUCCUUCAGCAUUUUCAAAGAUUUUCAAAGAUCAUGUCCAUUCUUCUCAAACAGCAUCGGGCUUCCCAUCAUGUAAAGGCUGUGGUUGGUUUGGUUUCCAGGUGUCAGAUUCCUCAGUGAAGGUUUGUUUACUGGGAGAUAAAUGGAGGGUGGAGUGGUGCAACACCUGAUAAUAGAAAAGCACAAAGAAGGAAAAAGCCGUUUGCUCCUCAGAACACUAGAGGGAAGCAGUCGAUUAAGAAGCACCCUAAAAUAAACCUUUUACUGUCGAAUAACUGACACCUGCAAAAACAAAAACAGGAGUUCACAGAGUUCAGGUUGCAAGAAUAAAGCUCGUAUGAGUUCACUCAGCAGGGACACGGUGCAUUAACGCUUUACACUUCCUUUACUUUGCCUUUUAGUUUCUCUUUUUAUUUCCUAAUAGUAAUAAUGCAUUAAUUGCCACAUGUGCACACGUAAUCACAGCCUUCAUCACCGACCGUGGCUUAUUACAAACAGUAAUAUUCACAACACACACUCGCGACUGCAAACGCACACUUUUGGCAGCAAUAGAAAAGAGUUUGUGCUGUUGUUGUUUGUGCAUUCAUUGUCUCGGUCCGUGUUGAAGUUUAAUUCCUCUCUAAUGCAGAGCAGGUUCUGAGGCAGUAAUUUUCUCUCUGAGUGAAAGAAGAACGCGUUUAGAACAAUAGUUGUGAGUCUUUACGUCCGGCCCAAUGAUCAACGCUGAAACAUGAACGUUGCGUUAAAAAGGUUGACCUCCAGUACAGCUCCUGUAAAUGUUGCUCAACGGUGCCAAAAAAAAAAAAAAAAGCUGGUUAGGGUCCAUAGAUCAUGUCCACCAGUGUCUGUCUCCACUCGGACCAGCUCAUUGAUUCACAAAUCUCCAUAAUGGAUGGUACAAGCAAACAAGAGGAGCUGGACUCUAGGAACGCUGUUGCUAGGCAACCGUUGGCAUCUAACCACCAGAUAACUUGUAGAGGCAGAUAUUACUAAAUUCCAAUAUAUUAUCUACAUUAGACACAUUAUUAACAACAAAAAUUCCACUUUUUUGAAAUUCAGACGGCAGCAUUGACACAUUUGAAUAAAUCUGACAAUAUACUUUUAUAACAGACCUGUAGAGUUUCUGCUAGAAGGUCCAGUUCUCCUCAUUUCAGCUUGUUGCUUGGGUAAUAUUAUCACUCGGGUCUUUUGAUGCUCCAAACAUUUUAUUUUACUUUUCCAAUCGCUACAUUUUUGAAACCGAUUCUUAAAAAUUGCAGUUGUUUGAUUAAUCAUCACCAUUUGAAUUUAAGAGGCAAGCUAAGUGCUAACCCAAUAACUUUUGUUAAACACUAGUUUACUCCAAAUUGAGCUUUGCAGAUUUGCUAAACCAACUAUAACCGGUUGGACAUACGGCAGCGUUUAGCCUCCAGGAAGAACAAAUCCAAUCAGAUGUUGACGUUUUCCUUCAUUUCUAGUAGCGCUUUGCUACGUGUCCUAGCACUUGACUAUUUGCUGACACGUCUUUACUCGUUGAUAGAGCUGCCUUCCAGGUGGUUAGGACAUGAUUUAAGUCAUGGGAACACCACUGCUAGGCAACUGAGGCCACCAAAGCUUAGAGUUAGCAUGCUAACAACGUGGUAGUUUAAUAUAGAAAACUUAAAGGUUGAGCUUUUCUAAAUUACAAUAUAUUAGCUCACCAAAAAUCCCACUUUUGGAGUUGAGACGCCGUAGAUGAUGUAGUGAUCACUCUGUCGAGGAACGUGUCUCGUAAUCAGCUCAACGAUGUGGUUUCUCCACCACUGACGCCUGUGAGAAAUAUUCACUGGAGGUCAUUUCGCGUUUACUUCACCCCCUCUUCUUUUUAUAAUUACACAAAAUGCUGAACUCACCAUGGCAUAUGAAAAGAUGAGCUACUGAAGGUGGUUCUUCUGUUAUAUUUACUGAGUAUUAUGUACAUUAUAAACAUAUGUAUGAAGCGCAGUUUUGUUAAAAUACAGAUAAAUAAAAUGAAAGAGCACAAUCAAUUUCAACAAAAAACAGAUUAUUACAACCUUUGGGUAGUUUCACAUUAUUUUCUGGGCUGUGUAUGAUUUAUGAACAGAUUUACUAAACGGAUAUGGGGGGUUAUGGUGCAGUGCAUGGAUUUACAAACCAUUCAGGAAAACUCUACGCCCCAACAUUUUGUUACACUAAAUAUUUAACGUAAAAAGGUUCGGACCUACCAGCGGUUUAGGGAGUUUUGUUAUUAUUUUGUUUUAUUCAAGAGUGAACUUUAGAUACAUCUUCCAUUUUAAAGUUGGGGGGUGAAGGAUGCACUUUGCUGGGUCCUACUUGAAUAAAUGCGACGGUCGUAACAAGUUCUUCAGUCUCCCUACGAUGAAUGUAUCGACCUUAAGACCAAAUUAUAUGUGUGUGUCUUGCUGGAUAUGUUUGUUUUUUUGUGUGUGUAUUUUGUGCCUGUAAAUGUUUGGGUUCAAAUUCUUUGUGUCUUUUGUGCGACGUGAGACUUUACUUCCGAACAACUUUAUCACUCCAUGUGCUGAUAACUGAUUAAAAAAAAGAAAAAAGAAGAAGAAGAAGAAGACCGGAGUCUGUCUGUGAGAGUUGUGGCAAUGAAAAGGAUUUAUCCACUUAGAUGCUAAUGGUUGAAAAAAGUUAGCGGGAUUAUAAAUUUGACCUGGUGAAUAUUAAAUGUGAGAAUGAAUUAGCUUUUCAUGAUCCCGCUCGUCUCCGUGUGCAAUGAAAAACACUAGCGUCACAUCAGUGUCCUACCUCAUGCUACAGUGUUAGCGCAUUAGCAGUUAUCAUAACCGUGCUAAAGUGUGAGAAUUAUCACUCAACAUGGGCUAAUUCUCUGAAUUUUGAAGGUUUUUUCCGACACUAUAAAAAACACACAAAGGUUUUUUCCCCCAGGUUGCUGCAUUAAAAGGCUGAUUACAAGCUAAGCUAAUUCAAUAUCCUGAAGCCGUUUGCCACAGCCUCUCUUCACGGACGACUUCGGUCUGUGUCUUUCAUUCAUGGCUUACGUCAGUGCCUCUAUGUGUCUGUGUUUAAGCUGUAAUUUGGUUUUCUAGAACGUUUGCAUCGCAUGUUGUUCUUGAAUCUUUUGUUUUCUAUUGCGAGGCAUACAGCGCGGAGGAGGUAUGACCCAACACUGCAGGCUUUACAAUGACAGAUGCUGAUCCACGUGGUGCAAUAAAACAAAAAAAAAAUACUGUUCACUGUCAGUGACAUGGCGUUUUUAUUUUCUCAAUGUCAUUAAUUUUUACAGCGUCUGACGUCAAAUGUUUGAUCUUUAAUGAGCACAAACGAAGAGACAGGUGGUGUUUUGAUGUUGUGAUGUUGAUGUAGGUUUUCGAUUUGCAGAAGAAACGAUUUCAAAGCUAACGACGCUGACUCUUCCAUUCUCGAGCUUUGCAAACCAAGUGGGUUCAAAAGUUCUUGUUUGGAGUAUGUAUCAUAAGUUUUUUUUUAAAAAAGGAAGAAGUUUUUUAAUUAGCCAAUAUCACUGUCAGUGUUUAAUUUUCUUUCUUCAUCUCUUUCAGUUUUGGUCUGCUAAUGCAAACCGACUCCUUUUAGCUAACUUGGUAAUUUGAAUAAAUGUGAGUUAACUUUGUUAGAUGCUAAUAUGCUAGUGAAGAUGUUAAACUAAAACAAAACGCCAAUCUGUUACUAUAAACGUGUUUAAUGGGUAUAAAAAAAUACAAAACAGUGUAAUCUAGACUUAGCCUUAGCAACAUUCGCCACUGGUUUACUAAACUAAAAUUUAACUUCUUUUUUUUUUUUUUUUU